AUGGAGUGUCCAAAUCAAACAGCGCCAACCGUGUUUAUCAUCUCCGGCUUCCCGUUCCCACAAGAACUGAAGGUGCCGUUAUUCUUCUUCUUCUUGCUUAUGUACAUUCUGACUCUCUGUGGCAAUUCCCUGAUUGUCUGGGUGGUGGCAUCUGAUGUUCAGUUGCAUAAGCCCAUGUACUGGUUCCUCUGCCAUUUGUCCAUGGCUUUCUCCUCCAUUGUGGUCCCCAGAGUGAUUGCGGGAUUCAUUCCUGGUGGGGAAAUCAUCUCUUUUGGAGAAUGUAUAUGUCAGGUGUUCUUUUUGCAUUUCCUGGGCUGUGCCGAAAGUCUCCUUUACACUGUGAUGGCUUUCGACCGCUUCAUUGCUAUCUGCAAGCCUCUGCACUACAGCAAUAUAAUGCACUGGAGAGUCUGCCUCAUCCUCUGUUUGGGUACCAUGAUCGGGGGCUGCCUGAACUCUGCGUUGGAGACGACCCUCACCUUUCAAUUGCCCUAUGGACAGAACAACCAGAUUGACUAUGUCUUUUGUGACAUCCCUGCUCUACUGAAGCUGGCUUGUGCAGACACAACUCUCAACGAGAUGAUGACCGUGGUGGACAUCGGCCUUGUGGCCAUGACAUGCUUCAUCCUUAUCCUGACCUCCUAUGUGUACAUUGUCUCUGCCAUUUUGAGGAUCAGCAGCAGAGAAGGGCGUCGCCGGGCCUUCUCCACUUGCACGGCCCACAUCACUGUGGUGGUUAUAUAUUAUGUGCCAGCUGGUUUCCAUUACCUGAGGCCGGCAUCUCAGGACUCCAUGGAUGGUGUGGUGAGCAUGUUUUACACCACAAUAACCCCAUUUUUGAAUCCUGUCAUAUACACAUUCAGGAAUAAAGAGAUAAAGGCCGCUUUAUCAAAACUGAGGGUUGGAAAUCCUGAGUAA